GUGUUUUAUCGAUUUACGUUGGGCGGCCAUGUUCGCGCGUUCACCACCACCAGUCAGGCGCACUCGGCACGUCGUCGUCGCCGUCCUCGUCGUCGUCGUCGACGAGUGAUCGUCGUGGCAGGAGAGAUUUUCGUCCCCCUUGACCGUUCACCGCCAUCGUCGCGGACGACGUAGCGAUGCGUCUGUAAAACGCCGAGAGAGUGAUCAAAUCUGUCCCAUACGUUUCUUCGCCUCUGUUGCUCGAGCUUUCGAACGAAAGCGAGAAGUCCGUCGUGUCAAAUACUUACAGCCGAGCCGAGGCCGCCGAGUCGAGUAACGCCCAGGGGUGAAAGUAGCUCGAGGAAGGAAGAGAGGGUGUACAUAGAACCAGUCGAAACAGCUUCCGUGUCUUAUCUCAUCGGAAUAACCGGAUUGAUAAAGACGCGAGGUAGAAAAUUGGAGACGAUAUUGGCCGAUCUACUUAUCAGUAAAAAUGCCAGCGAUCUUCAAGAGAGACGUAAAUGCCGCCGAAAGGGCUAACGAGGAAGAUAGUAAUGCCGCUAUCACCGAUUCCAACGUAAUUUUCAGUACAGAAAUUGAAGAGAAGGCUGGAACAGAUGAGAGCGCGGUCACUGAAAGCGCGGUGAAUUCCUUGGAGAAAAUCGAGAACUUCGGGAAAGACUUCGCGCACGAAGUGGGGAUACCACCUUGGGGUCUUGUUGCUAUUUUAAUAGGAGUAGGCGUAAUUGUUCUCGGAAUCUGCUUCUGCUGUAUACGAAGAUGCUGUCGCAAGAGACGCUCCAAAGAUGGCAAGAAGGGUUUGAAGGGCGCGGUAGAUCUAAAAUCCGUGCAGCUUCUGGGCAGCACGUACAAAGACAAGGUACAGCCGGAUAUGGAAGAAUUGACGGACAAUGCCGAGGAACCGGACGAAGCUGAAAGUAAGCAGAGCGAAGUUAAACUCGGAAAACUGCAAUACAAGCUCGAGUACGAUUUUAAUUCAAACAGCCUCGCCGUGACAGUAAUCCAGGCUGAGGAAUUGCCGGCAUUAGACAUGGGCGGCACAUCGGAUCCAUAUGUAAAAGUGUAUUUAUUGCCAGAUAAGAAGAAAAAGUUUGAAACAAAGGUUCAUAGAAAAACGCUGAGUCCAGUCUUCAAUGAGACUUUCACAUUUAAGAACGUCCCAUAUGCUGAUGCUAUGAACAAGACUCUGGUCUUCGCCAUCUUCGACUUUGAUAGAUUUUCGAAACACGAUCAAAUUGGAGAAGUUAAAGUGCCGCUCUGCCAAAUCGACUUGGCGCAAACUAUUGAGGAGUGGAGAGAAUUGCAGAGUGUGGAAGGCGAGGGUGGACAAGAUAACAAGCUGGGAGACAUAUGCUUCUCAUUGAGAUACGUACCAACAGCUGGAAAACUUACGGUGGUCAUUCUGGAAGCUAAGAACCUGAAGAAAAUGGAUGUCGGUGGCCUCUCGGAUCCUUACGUUAAAAUCGCGUUGAUGCAAAAUGGGAAGAGAUUGAAAAAGAAGAAAACAUCGAUCAAGAAGUGCACCCUUAACCCAUAUUACAACGAAUCAUUCACCUUUGAAGUACCUUUUGAGCAGAUACAGAAAGUACAACUCGUUGUCACUGUAGUCGAUUACGAUCGCAUCGGCACAUCAGAACCGAUCGGAAAGGUGAUCCUGGGAUAUAACGCGAGCGGAACGGAAUUGAGACACUGGUCCGACAUGCUAGCGUCUCCCAGGCGCCCGAUCGCCCAAUGGCAUACGCUAAAAGAUCCCGAAGACGGAGAUAAGAAAGAUUAAGUACGUUGAAUUUCCAGUUGAGGAUAAUUGAUUGGGAAAUGAGUACAGAGAAAAAUAGGAGAGAUGAAGGGAUUAUAGAGAAGGGGAAAGGGGAAAAAGGGAGGAAGAAGGAGAAAGCGAAUAAAUCCAAAGAGAGAGAUAACAAAUACAUACUUAAUAGAUAUUAAUACAUACUUAAUAGAUAUUAAUAAUGAUUAUAAUUAAACGAUAAAAAUACCAACCAUGAAGAAUUUAACAUUAAAAUAAUAUGUUCCCACGUGGAGAGUGUAGCGUCUUGUAUAUAUAUACGUAUAUCUAAUAUACUUCUCUCUGUAGAUGUAAUAUUGAAUGAUUUCAAAUAACGCGUCGUCCUUUUUGAGAUAUUGAUUGAACAAAAACGAAAAUGUUGAAGAUCCACGAAAAAAAAUAUAUAUAUACAUACAUAUAUCCGCAACCCCGAGAAAAUAUCUACGUCAUUAGAUAUCCCGCAGAUAGGCUUCCAUCUUGAUUCGGCCAAUCGGCGCAAAUUUCUGUCAUAAACUUUCUCUAAAAAUGCGUCGUUCAUGUUAUAAAUAUUAUAUAUAAUUAUUUCAAUUAUAUCGUUCGUAAAAGUAGCGGCAUAAUUUUCUUCCAAGGGAAGAAAGAUGAUGCGACACAGUUGUAUGCGAAAUAAUAAUGAUGGUUGACAACACUGAAUUCGCAAAAGAUCCCGAAAUGUAAAUUGUGAUUCGCCAAUUGAGGGGCUUGGUAAAGAAAAAAAUGUUACACAAUAAAAACUUAGACUUUGUUACACAAUAGUAAAUGCUGGUUGGAUAUAAAAUUAUAAUUAAAAA